AUGGGCCAUCCGGAAUAUCCAAGGCGCACGAAACACCCGAAAUGGCGGAAUGAGAAGUUGAGAAUUUCUUUUUCGAGACUUGCAGUGCACGAUGCCGAUUUUGUUCACAAGUAUUCUCAUAGCCGCGCAUUGUGUGGCAGCGAAUCGUCCGCGAGCGAUGAUCAAUCCGCGGGGCCCAGACGUGCAGAACCUUCAAAAAACUGGGCAGAGUUGUCAAAUUUAUCGUCCACUAUGAUGGGCGGCAGGGGGAUGAGGAAUUUAAAGUCAGAGAAGGAGCUGUUGGCUGUCAAGGCUUUGGCAAAGGUAAGGCUCUCAGCUAAAGGCCGGUCACCGCACGAGAGGAGGACGUCGUCAUUCCAGGCAGCGCCAAUCGACUGCUCUACAGCGGCGUCUGUUUUCUGUCCAUCUGAUCUGCCUUAUGGGGCUUCCAAAAGGGGUUCGCAGGGACAAAGAUUUUCUACAUGUUUGGCUACUUCUGGUUCUGACAUGCACAAGUUUGUUGACGCGUUGGACCGUACACGUUGUUCAUUAGAUAAGAACUCUGCUCAUAACCCGACCGAGCUCAUUCCCGGGCCUUCUAUUUCAGGCGCAAAUAUGGGCAUCAGAGAAUGGGACUCGAUGAUCGAUUGGAAGAUGAUGGAACACCAGGAUUAUGAGACCCUUCCUGACGAUCAAUUUGAAAAGUUAUCAGACAAGUUGCAUAUCAAAGAAAACUGGCGGCCGACAGUUAGCUACUUACUUAGCCUCGGUCUCAGCACUAGCGAGCUGGAGAAGGUUCUUGUCAACUGCGAAGAGCUUUUCAGAAGACCCGUUGCUACAAUCAUGACGAGGGUGGACUACCUUCAAAAUGAUGUCGGGUUUGGAUAUCCUGAGUUGCGUAAGCUUAUAGACAAGGAACCAAAAAUUCUUUUGCAACGGAAUCGCCAUUCAGUAGCCCGAUGUCGAUACCUCACUGAUCUUGGCAUCCCAUGUGAGAGUCUACCCAAGCUUCUGCGGAGACAACCACAAAUCUUACAAUUAUCUGUUGCAAAAGGACUGGCGCCGCGUGUCAAUUACUUCAAGAAAUCGUUGCUGAUUCCCGAGACAGACAUUGCAAAGCUCAUACAACGAAAUCCUGCUGUUUUGACGUUUUCUAUUGAAAAUCAAAUGAAGCCAAGGAUUGAAUAUUUUAAGAACCUUGGCAUUCCUCAGCAUGGAGUUGUGAAGAUGAUCGUGAAACAUCCCCACUUGUUGCAUUAUAGUUUUGAAGGCCUGGAAGAGCACAUUAAUUUUCUUUUCUCUAUUGGAAUGAGCGAGGAGGACGUGGUACAUACCGUAACAAGGCUGUCGCAAAUAUUCUCUCUCAGUGUCGAAGAAUCACUAAGGCCUAAGUUUCGAUAUCUUACCGAAGAGCUAGGAGGCGAUGUGAAGACCUGCGUCAAAUUUCCAGCUUACUUCUCUCUUUCCCUCGACCAACGAAUUCGGCCGAGGCACACGUACAUGCAGCGCUUAAAUUGCGCUCCAGAUCCAUUCCCGAUGAAGUAUCUCAGCGAAAAUGAUAAGGCAUUCGCAGGGAGGGCGCGAAGGAGCCUGGACGACUAUGCCAGCUACAAAGUAAGGCAGUUCUUCCCACCUAGACCCAUAAAGAUUUUACAGAGGUGCCCCUUUCCCUGUUAA